GCGUGCCAAAGCAGAGCAAGCAACGUGGGCGUGGACGUUGCCACCAACGUCAACGCGCGUCCUAACGUGGGCGUUCUUCUACGUCAAUACGUUAAGCUUUACGACAUUUUUGUGCUGCAUACGAGCAGAAGGAGCCGCCGUUGUGCCUGUUGCGCGCGCGUUUAAAAUCAAAUUCAAAUUGAAAAUUGCAAACAUUUUUCCAUUUUUUGUUCAGUGCCCGCACCACACACAGUCAAGUGCAAUUGAAAAUGCAAUCGCAGGCGAACUGGUGCCAGUUAAUACGAUACUGUCGGCUCUAGCCCGCUGCUGGCGAUGUCUAGCAGCAGCAGCAGCAACACCAGCGCCGCCGCCGCCGCCGCCCAACGGGCAGCUGCCUACAAGGCGUUGCUCGAUUAUUAUGCCAACACAAGCAGCGCUGCCAGCCACAUAGUCUCGCUCACGCUGGGCACGAUCAACGACACGCUCAGUGGCAACAACAGCAGCAGCAGCCAUAGCAACAGCAGCAGUUUCAGCUAUGAGGAGGACGCGCUGGCCGCCAGCAACUAUAAUGUGAUCACCGAGAGCAUUGCUGCUACAGAUGUGGCGGCCACUGUAGCAAGCACCAGCACCAGCAGUGCUACCGAAAUGCCUGUUUGGCUUAUACCCAGCUAUAGUGUGAUCCUUUUGUGCGCCGUGCUGGGCAAUCUGCUGGUCAUAUCCACAUUGGUACAGAAUCGACGCAUGCGCACAAUAACGAAUCUAUUUCUGCUAAAUCUGGCCAUAUCGGAUAUGUUGCUGGGCGUGCUCUGCAUGCCAGUGACACUCGUGGGCACGCUCUUGCGUAAUUUCAUCUUUGGCGAGUUUCUCUGCAAGCUCAUACAGUUUGCCCAGGCUGCCUCAGUGGCUGUCUCAUCCUGGACAUUGGUGGCCAUCAGCUGUGAGCGCUAUUAUGCCAUUUGUCAUCCUUUGCGCUCGCGCUCGUGGCAGACAAUAAGCCAUGCGUACAAGAUAAUCGGCUUUAUUUGGCUGGGCGGCAUACUCUGCAUGACGCCCAUUGCCGUUUUCAGCCAAUUGAUACCCACGAGUAGGCCGGGAUAUUGCAAGUGCCGCGAUAUUUGGCCAGAUCAGGGCUACGAGCGUAUGUACAAUAUAUUGCUGGACUUGAUACUGCUGGUGCUGCCGCUGCUGGUGCUCUGCUUUGCCUAUAUACUCAUCACGCGCACCCUCUACGUGGGCAUGGGCGUUGGCAAGGAUGCGGCCAGAGUGGCGCUGCCGGUGCAGAUACAGGUGCCGCCUGCAGCGACGACUGCCAUGGCUGCCACUGCCACUGCCACUGCCACGCCCGGUGGUGGCAGCAGCAGCAGCUGUGUGCUUGUGCUAAAUGUAACCACGGAAUAUAAUGCUGAGAGCAGCAACAACAAUAACGGAGCAACAAAUGCCACAGCGGCAACAGCAACUGCAACAACGACAACGACAUCAUCAUCAACAACAACAACAACGACAACAGCAACUACAACAACGACAACAACGGUGGCAUUGGCUAAGCUGCCAGCAUCCUCGCCCAGUCUGCGGCUCCAUGAUGCUGCUUUACGUAGAUCGAACGAGGCCAAAACGCUGGAGAGCAAGAAGCGCGUGGUGAAGAUGCUGUUCGUGCUGGUGCUGGAGUUCUUCAUCUGCUGGACACCGCUGUAUGUGAUCAACACGCUGAGCAUGUUCAUCGGCCAGGCGCUGUACGAGUAUAUAGACUACACAACGAUCAGUUUUCUGCAGCUGCUGGCCUACAGCUCCAGCUGCUGCAAUCCCAUCACCUACUGCUUCAUGAACGCCAGUUUCCGACGCGCCUUUGUGGACACAUUCAAGGGCUUGCCCUGGCAUAGACGCAACGCAGCUGCCGGCACGCUCUCCACGGCGAGUCAGGCGGGCGCUUGUGCAGUGGGUGGCGUCAUCGGCGGCGGCGGCUUAAGCACAGCGGGCGGCAUUACAAAUGCCCAUGCGCCCGGACUGGCGCUGGGCAUGGAUACAUGGCGCACGCGCUCGCGCCAUGAGCAACUGCUCAACUCGGUGGUUUAUACAAACAGCGCCGCCGCAACGGAGAGUCCACAGCUGUAAAUCAGCUUGCUGGCUGAGAU